AUGGACCGUCGGGGCGCGGCCGGACGCGCGCGAGCGAGGACGCCGCGCGGGGGGAACGCGGGCGCGGGCGGCGGCGGCGGCGGCGGCGGCGGGCGGCGCGCGACGGAUCGCUCGGCAUCGCCCGCGUCGACGUCGACGGAUGAGAGCUCGGGGAGAGACCCGGAUUUUGGGCUCGAUCGAGCGACGUACAGGGCGAACGUGCGAAACGGCGUGGCGUCGAACGAGGCGCUGCGUCUGUGGCUCAAGCGACGAGAGAUGUGGGUGAAUCGAGGUCGAACGCGCCAGCGCGCGCGCGACGGCGGGCGGACGAUUCCGAGGUCGGCGUCGUACGAUUCUUUACUCGGCGCCGUCCCCGCGUCGACGUUUCCGCGACCGAUUCCUCUGGCGGAGAUGGUGCGCUUCUUGAGCGCGUGUUGGGAGACGGGCGACGGCUCGUGA